AUGGCUAUAUUCUCUCCAGACAAAAACGUCAUAGAUAAUAAUCAGAGUAUUAAUACUCAAGUAUCUGAUGAUUUUCUUCUUCUCUCUACCUUCAAGGUUUUCUACUACAAUCAUGUUCCACCACCAACGACUACUGCUCAUGAUGCUAUCCCUUAUCAAAAGAUAUGCUAUGCACUUUCAGAAAUACGAGUAUCAUUUAAUGAAGGACUAGUGUUUUCUCAGUUUUGGGGCGCAAUAGGUUUUGGGUCUGAUACAGUACUAACCACUCGAGGUCAGCCAUUUGCGUUUUCAAUGUACACAUGUGGAUUUUGGUCCUACCGUUUAGCGUGCUUAGACCACAACUCCUAUGUAAAUCAAGGAAAAGGAAAGUGCAUUGGGCUUCCUAGCCGUGUAUUCCACAAUCUUUCCCCUGAAUGGGUCCAAGAUGUGGAGGAAUACAAAGACAAAGACUAUCCUCAAAGACUAGUUGCGAUGCGUUCCAACAUUCAAGGAUCAUUUGCCAUUCCGGUGUUUGAUGGUGAUCGAUGUAUUGGUGUACUGGAGUUUGUCAUGACUAAUUGCGUAGGUAACGUUUUUUCUAAAAUGGAAGAAGUUUGCAAGGCGCUUGAGAAGGCGGGUUUGCAAUCAUCAGACCCUAAUAAAUGUAUCAACAUCAAGGAGGCAGGUUUACAAUUGUCAGACCAAAACGAAAGCAUCAACAUUGACACUUCCAAAAAAGCGUCACGCAAAAGGAAAGCAGAUGAUAUCACCCGUGAUGAUGUUACCAAACUUUUUGGACUGCCUAAGUCGUGUGCUGCAAAAAGAUAUAAAAUGUCAGACAAUACCUUUUCUACGGUUCAUAAGAGGGACGGAAUUGAUAUUUGGCCAUGUAAAGCGAACAAUACUGUCAAAUCAUCUGCCCACGUUGCUCUUAUCGAUGGGAUAGCAUCAGAGAUCAGUCCUGAUGAAGCUCGAUUGCUCAAAUGGAUCAAUUCUGAGCUCAUGAAUGAUGAUGAUAUCAUAAGGACAUUGGAGCAGGCAGAUAGUCGAGUGGACGAGUACAGGGAUUCCUUGACCUCCACAGAUCAUGAAAGUGUUGGACAUCCUGAUAUGAGUGCCAGGCCCGUUCUUUUGGAAAUGUACCGUCGAUAGGAUGAAAUAAGAGAAACCAAGCCAGCCAGGCACAGAAAACGUACAUUCACAUAUAUUUACGUAUGAAUAUCAUGAAGCUUAAUUAGCAGGAGAAAAUUAGCAAUAUAUAUACUCGUACUUAAUAUGUAAAACAUUCACAACUUGCUCUCUGGAUGAUCCACCUAUAUAUAUACAUAUAUACUAGCAUGGUACCCGCGCGUUGCGACGGAUAUAAUUGACAUCAACUAAUAGUUCUAUGGUACCCGUAAGGCCGUAAUGGCUUGAAUGUAUUUAUAUAAAAAAUUAACUUUCAUAGUCAUAGUUCUACAUCA